GCCUCUUUCAACUUUCCUAUGGAACACUGUGACUGUUAUAAGAAAGAACUCGUAGAACUGUUUAUUCGGUUUUUGAAAAAAGAGGGUCUCACUUGUACAUUAUCUGUAUUUAAGACAGAAAUAAUGUCUUUACGGAGUGUCCAUUUAUUCCCUUCGGACUCCUUACAACCUAACGAAAUGUGCGGGGAAACAGUCCAAGCAGAAGAUAAUAGGUCGAAAAGACCAAGAUCUCCGACGCUUCAGGAAAAUAUGCAGCCUAAUACUGUUUUUGACCUGAAAGUGAACGGAAUAUCUAGUCCCGGAACUCAUAAUGUUUCCGAUUCCCGUGCUAUGGAGGGCAUGAAAAAGCAAAAGUUUGAAAUUCCUCCAAAGAACGAAGGACAUCCAGAACAAGCCGAUAGAAAUUUAAGUAAUGUUGCUAUGUUCGCACAAAGUGGCACCAAGUUACUUUCCGUCAAACCUUCCUCUGAUUUGAUUCACAGCUCAAAACAGCAUACCUUUCUGCCCGACCGAAGUCAGAGCUCUCGGAUUGUUGCCUCUAAUUUAUCGCAAAAGGGCCGAGAUACCAACAGCUCUGAAAAAGAGCAAAGAAAGAAAGUGGUAUUUGAUUCGAAAUCUAGGAACAGUGGGAGUUUUGAGGAGUCUAUUCGGAAUGUUACAGAAAGCUUGAGAUACGAUCCUUCAUUUCAAGAAAAUUUGCGGAAUAUUUUACGCAAUGAUCAUUUAAGUAUGGGAUGGCUGUCCUUACCACAGAAUGAGUCCAAGUCUUUACAAGAAGAGUCUGAUGUCUCAGUUCUAGAGAGCGAAACUUUCUCAGGUGAUAGUUUGCAGAAACAAGGUAAUGAACUUGCGGGGAAGAUUGACAAAUCCCUAGAUUCUUCUGUUGGUGGAUUUCUGGAAACAAUAGAUUUGGAUGCAUUUCUUGGCUCUAUUCAUGCUGCAUCUAAUCACUAAUGUACUGCUUAUGAAAUUAUCCACAUGGUAUAGUUUUUCAAGCAUCUACAUGUAAAUAUAACUCUUGAUGAAAACGUAUAACUUUACUAUAAAAUGGCGCUACUCUUGUUAUAGAAGUUGCAUUCCAUGGAACAACAGUUGUUUUCAAGAACGUUCAAGGUUUGAUUGUUCAGGACAUUUUGCGUCUUGCAGAGUACUUGUGAACAGACCUUUACUUUUGACAAUGGUCAGCCUGCUAUAAGGAUAAUUUCGAGAUCCUGACAUAUCUUUUAAUAGUUGUUGCCAUUGAGAUUAUUAUCUUAGCUUCCACUGUACCCAUUCAAACACUCUCCAAGGCGCCCUCGGCUAUAAUUUACCCGCCGAAAGAGGAUUCGAUCAAUGAGAGCAUUAAAAUUCGUUGAGCCCCUCUUUUGGGUUUUCGGCUGGUUCCGCCUCUCACCUCCGGUUUCUAUUAUUUUGCCCUAUUUCGUUAUUUGAAAAGUCUCAAAUUUUUUGCCCCAAGUUCUAUUCCAUUAUGUAAGUUUGGAAAAGUUUUAAAAAAAGGAGAAAAUGAGAGAUUAACAGUUUCUUGUUU